AGAUGAAUAUAAAUAAAUGUAAAUUUUUAUAUAAAUAAGGUAUAAAUAAUAUCUGCGUGUAUUUUAGUGGUGGUGGAUCAUACGAUAAUGAAGGAAACUAAAGAAAAAUUGGUUAGUGGAUAGACUUGGAUGAAGAGUUUAAUGUUAGGAAAUAAGUCACUUAUAAUGGUGAAUAUAAUAUGAAUGGUAUGAAGGUAGGCUAAUGGUGUAUUUUAUUUAAAUCGGAAGAUGAAUAUGAAUAAAUGUAAAUAUUUCAUAAGAAUAAAUAAUAUCAUUUUAGUGGUGGUGGAUCGUAUGAUUAAGAAGGAAGCUAGAAAAAAAUUGGCUUGUGGAUAGACUUGGAUGAAGGGUUUAAUUUUAGGAAAUAAGUCACUUAUAAUGGUGAAUAUAAUAUGAAUGGUAUGAAGGUAGGCUAAUGGUGUAUAUUAUUUAAAUCGGAAGAUGAAUAUGAAUAGAUGUAAAUAAGAAUAAAUAAUAUUAUUUUAGUGGCGGAGGAUCAUAUGAUUAAGAAGGAGGCUAGAUAAAGAUUGGAUAAUGGAUAGACUUAGAUGUAGGAUUUUUUGUUAGUUAAUUGAGUUCAAAAUAAAUAAUCUAUAAAGGGGAAUAUAAUAUGAAUGGUAUCAAGAUAGGUAGAUGGAACAUUAUGUAUUGCAGAACGGGAGAAUAAGAAUAUCAAUAAAUGUAAAUAUUAAAAAAGUAUGAGGAAUCUAAUAAUUAUUUGUUUGUGGAUUUUAGUGGUGGUGGAUCAUAUGAUUAAGAAGGAAGUUAGAAAAAGGUUGGAAAGUGGGUAGAGUUAGAUGAAGACUUUUCUUGUAGUUAAUAAGUCACUUAUAAUGGCGAAUAUAAUAUGAAAGGCAUUAAGAUAGGUAAAUGGGAUAUAAGGUUUUGUGAAUGGAAUAAAAAUGUAUAUAAAAGAAUGUAAAUAUUAUGUAAUUAAGGAAUAUACUAAUAUGUGUUUUUUUAGUGGUGGUGGGGCUUAUGAUUAAGAAGGAGGGCAGAAAAAGAUUGGAAAAUGGAUAGAGCUGGAUGAAAACUUUUAAGUCACUUUUAAUGGUGAAUAUAAUAUGAAAGGCAUGAAGGUAGGCAUUUGGGUAGAAAUGGAUCUUGAGAAACUAAAGAAAUAUGGAGAAAAAAAAUAUGAAAAUUGAUAAAUCUGAAAUAAAUUAAAU